AUGAGUGUGUAUCCUGAAACUGGCCAAGUCCUUGGCUUGGAUGGAACACAUAUGCAAGCUUCGACCUCACUAACACCUUCACCACGACGGCGUGGCUCCCAAGCUUCGACCUCACUAACACCUUCACCACGACGGCGUGGCUCAGUUGUUGCCUGUGAGCCUUCAGAACAUCUUUUUGUCAAGGACAUCCCAUCGUAUUGCGCGCAAUGUGGUCUUUGCUCCGCUCGUGGCGCAGCUUGUCCGUUACCCGCUUUUACGAGGAAAACUGGCACCUGCACUUGUGGACCUGGCGACACGACAUGUCUAAGAUGUGGCUUAUGUCGUGCUUGCGGCGAAUCUUCUCAACAACAACAGCGACCUGCUAAUGAGACACCAACUCGAACACAUCUCGCUCCAGCUCGAGUUACUAUAGUCAGAAAUCAACAGAAUGUCAAAGUCUCGUCAGUAAGCUGUGGCAACUUUCACACGAUUUUAUUGGCGGCUGAUGGAAGUGUAUUCUCUUUUGGCUCGAACUGUCAUGGCCAGCUGGGCACUGGAGAUGUCAGAAGUAAGACCGAGCCGCAUCGUUCAUGCAAAUCGCCGGUACAUGUUAAGGUGGCACUUCCGCCAGAUGUGCAGGUUGUGCAGGUAGCUGCUGGUGCUAAUCAUACUGUGCUUCGAACGUCGCUGGGGGCUGUUUUUACAUUUGGUGCGCAUAAAGUGGGGCAAUUGAUAAGACCACCUGAGGACGAGAAUCACUGGCAUGCGACUCCAGGCCGAGUACCAGGAUUUGGACCAGGGUGCGAAUCGUUUGCCACUUGGAUUGGAGCUGUUGGAGAUGCCACACUUAUCCAUAGCCAUACUUCGCUGUUGCAUUCUGAUGAUGUGAUUGAUGCGCAAUUAGUAGCUAGCAAGUACGACAUUUUCAUUUUUCCACGUCAAGUUGGUAAAGAAUAUGUCGCAAUUCGAAGGAAAAAUGGUUGUUUUGCACAUCAUCAACUAGGACCCUCCGGCUGGUGCUUGGAAUCACAAUAUGACAUUCUGUGGUCUUAUAAUGCUGCUGAAAUGCGGGUACAGGCAAGCUCCAUUCAUUUGGCCACGCCAAAAGAGGUACAUUCGGAUCGCAUGGAUUCACUCGCAUUUUUACGAUCACCAGAGUGGGCUGUACCCCUAGAGAGCCCCACGCAUUGCUCUUCAAUUCAGUUGGGGAUUUCUCUGCUCAGCUGCUGGGGUUACUCCGCCCACUCGAUUGAGGCUAUCCAGGUGAAAGCUAGCAAAGAUAUACGGUUGCUUGGUAUAGGCCUUUACGGAGGAAGAGGAGAGUAUAUCGCAAAGAUAAAGCUUUUUCGCCUUCCAAGUGAUGUCUCAGACGAGCAGUGCGCGGAACUGUUAUCAGAGUCCGACGAAACGCUGUAUGACUGUGGUCAGAGGGAAACAGCUGCGUUAAUCCCAACCCGUAUUGAUGAAGGCGAACCACUGGCAUGUCGUCAGCGCAAAGAUCAGGAUUUUUUAAAUUCGCCCGAUCACACCGCAUCACCAUCUGGAGGUCGAUCCGUUGUUUGUCGAUUUGAAUCAACAGGAGGGGGCUGGGGUUAUUCCGCCCACUCGAUUGAGGCUAUCCAGGUGAAAGCUAGCAAAGAUAUACGGUUGCUUGGUAUAGGCCUUUACGGAGGAAGAGGAGAGUACAUCGCAAAGAUAAAGCUUUUUCGCCUUCCGAGUGAUGUCUCAGACGAGCAGUGCGCGGAACUGUUAUCAGAGUCCGACGAGACGCUGUAUGACUGUGGUCAGAGGGAAACGGCUGCAUUAAUGUUAGCUCAACCCGUAUUAAUGAAGGCGAACCACUGGCAUGUCGUCAGCGCUAAGAUCAGGUGA